UCGAGCCAAGAGGAAACAUGUCAGUGUUCAGCGCUGUGACCGAGUGACAGCAAUGGAGGUGAUGCUGAAGCUUGACAUCUUCAUGCUAUUAAUACAGGUUUCGCUUGCAGUUUGGCAACGAGUGACUGUGAGGAAGGGUCAGACUGUGAGCUUAGCCUGUCCCAUCACAAAUGCACAUAAGCACCAUGUGGACUGGAAGAACCCUGCUGGAUAUGUUAUGUUCUUCAAUCGCAAUAAGGGAUUUGUUUCAAUUUCAGCUUUAAAGGACCCGCGUUACAGCAUAAGCAACCUGACCGAGUCGGAAUUCACCAUCAGUAUUUCCAAUGUCUCCUUCAAAGACGGGGGCAACUACACAUGCUCCCAGUAUGGCCGUCACAUAAUAGAAAAGAAAGUGGAGUUGACAGUGUUAGGUGUACCCAAAAUGAGAGUAACAAAACACGAAGGGAAAUUUGUUGUACGUUGUGCUGCUGAGGGGAACCAUUAUCCUCCUCAGAUUUCUUGGAAAGUGGAUUAUGGACCUGAAUUUCUGGGUAAUACCCAAGUUGGACAUGUGGGUAAAAAGUAUGUUUCCAUGGAUAUGGUGCAGUUUCAGUCAGUAGAUUCCAGAGUUACAGUGAAAUGCAUCGUUCGCCAUCCCUUUCUGCAUUUCCAACAACUGAUGGACUUUGUCAAAAUUGGCCAAAACUCACCAGGCUCAACCACAACAAAAGAUCCAACCGUAUGGAAUGCAACAAGCAUACCAGUGGACUCCAGUCACCCAGAUAUGCAUACAGGAAAUAGACAAACUUCACCAUUACUGGUCUUCUUGGUGACGUGCCUAAUUCUUGGUCUUCUGGCAGUGGUCGUUUUUUUAGUCCUGAAGUUACGAAGAGCACAUGUCCUCUGGGAAAAAGAAAAUGAAGACUCAGAUCCUUCAGAAGAGAGUGGUAAAUCAAAAUCAAGACAAGAGGAGGCAUCCCAGGGUCAGAAUCGAAGAGGGCUCUUCAGCACAGCUUUUACACAAUAUGCUGUUGAAAAAACAAACAUGCCUUCAAGAGGACCUGCAGUUGAGGUGACUGUUGAGAGAACGGAGCAGGCCUCUUCCCCCCCAGAACACGUUUCGGCCAAAUGUGAGGCCUCUUCACUCCCAGAACAGACUUCGGCCCAAUGUGACAUGAAGGAGACAGAGCUUUAACCAUGGCCCACACAGUCGCCUGCUUCAGCAACGGAAUCAGCACAGCUUUUGUUAUUGACUGAUGACAAGUAUAUUACAGUGUAGUGUAUUGUACUGUCCCAUGCAUAGCGUGUACACUGAAAAUAAACACGGGACCCUGCCUUUCACCCACAGUCAGUCAGCCCACAUGUGACCCUCAACAGGAU